AUGACCAACUUGUCACUUGCCAGAGAAGGAGAAGAAGACAAAGACAAAGACGUAAAAGCAAAGAAGUCCAUAGAAGAAGUUGAGAGAGAGCACAUGUUUGACAAAGUGGUGACUCCAAGCGACGUAGGGAAACUAAACAGACUCGUGAUACCAAAGCAGCACGCAGAGAGAUACUUCCCUUUGGAUUCAACCUCAAACGAGAAAGGUUUGCUUUUAAACUUCGAAGAUCUCACAGGAAAGUCAUGGAGGUUCCGUUACUCUUACUGGAACAGUAGCCAGAGCUAUGUCAUGACUAAAGGUUGGAGUCGUUUCGUUAAAGACAAAAAGCUCGACGCCGGAGAUAUUGUCUCUUUCCAAAGAUGUGUCGGAGAUUCAUCAGGAAGUGACAGCCGCUUGUUUAUCGAUUGGAGGAGAAGACCUAAAGUCCCUGACUAUCUGACAUCGACUUCUCACUUUGCUGGAGGAGCAAUGUUCCCUAGGUUUUACAAUUUUCCGACAGCAACAUGUUACAAUCCGUAUAAUCAUCAGCAGCCACGUCAUCAUCACAUUGGUUACAGUUAUCCACAGAUUCCGAGGGAAUUUGGAUACGGGUAUUUCGUUAGGUCAGUGGACCAGAGGGCGGUGGUGGCUGAUCCGUUAAUGAUCGAAUCUGUGCCGGUGAUGAUGCACGGAGGAGGUCGAGUUAAUCAAGAGGUUGUUGGAACUGCCGGAAAGAGGCUGAGGCUUUUUGGAGUCGAUAUGGAAUGCGUUGAGAGUGGAGUAACCCACAGUACGGAGGAAGAAUCUUCAUCUUCCGGUGGGACUUUGCCGCGUGCCGGAGGUGGCGGUGCUGCUUCAUCUUCCUCUUUGUUUCAGAUGAGACUUGGAAGCAGAAGUGAAGAUGAUCACUUCCUUAAGAAAGGAAAGUCUUCAUUGCCUUUUGAUUUGGAUCAAUGAUGAAGAUGAGAUUAGUUGGUAUUAUAAACUUAAACAUACAUAAUUCUUUAUAUAUACGACAACAUAUAUAAUGCAUUAUCUUCAUUUUUCAUUUAGCGAGAAUUAAUGAUAUAUAUGUUCUAGUGAUGUACAUGCAUAAUCCAUAUAGAGGAAUUUUAUGGAUUUGAAUAGUCUUUGUCGAGUGUUCUUAAAAAAAAUGUU